AAUGUAAGAACGCGCCACCAUGCGUCACUAAUGAGAUAAGAAUUUGUAAUUUCUGGUUGAAAUUAAUCAAAUUCUUAAAAUUUUAAUAAAAAAUGAAGGACUGGGUGUUCUGUAAUAAAUGUUCCGCAAAGUAUCAAAGCAACUUUAAGUUUCACUUAACAGAAUGCGGCCACGUCUUUUGUGAUAGAUGUGCGCUGAAAAUAAAGGAAACUAAAAAAUGUCUUUUGUGUAACAAUUCUUCUUCGACAAUGGAGUUGUCUCAAGAAAUGGAUCACAGUAUGCAAAUGUUUUUUUGGCCACUUGAAAAUAUUGUCCAACAAUCAUUACAAGUAAUAAAUUUUCAAAAAAUGCAUAAGAAUUUGUACCUACAAUUCUUAUAUAAGAAAUACGACUAUGCUAAAAGGCAAUGCAUCAGUUCCCAUAAUUCCAUUCAAAAAUUAAAAAAGGAGAACCAGGAACUCAGGGAAAUGUUGAAGAAAGCCGGAUUUAAGACUAAUCCUUUCCUAACCAGCACUCCAGCUUUAGGCCCAAAUCAAACAGCGGACAACGAUCUUUCAGUUAUGUCGUCCAUCAAAUUCGGCACGCCCGGAAGUAUUCCGGGAUCAGCAAGGAGGAUACUCCAAAGCGAAAAGGCCAUGCAGAAUUAUUUGGGUCUAUCCAAAAACAGUUCUCUGGGGACACCAUCCCCGGCCCAAAUGGUACCGAAGGGGUACCACGUGCCCGUCCAUCAGUCUCCAGCUGGUGUGACCCCCAGUUUCAUGGCUCGCAUCAGGGGUAAGUCGGCUAACUUGCCCAUAUACCCUAGGAAAUAAAUAUUGUUGAAAUAUC